ACUAUUCCGUUACACUCCACAGAUUCUACGUACGCUCCGAUCCUCGGCCAUUCUCGAUCGCCGAUCCUCGGCCGCCACCCCGAUCAAUCAUAUAGACUAUUCCGUUACACUCCACAGAUUCCACGUACGCUCAGAUCCUCGGCCAUUCUCGAUUGCAGAUCCUCGGCCAUUCUCGAUUGCAGAUCCUCGGCCAUUCUCGAUUGCCGAUCCUCGGCCGCCACCCCGAUCAAUCAUAUAGACUAUUCCGUUACACUCCAUAGAUUCUUCCAUUCCCGAUCACCGAUCCGCGGCCGCUACGAACGCGCGUAG